UCAAACUAUUUGCUGUGGGCUGUCUUCAAACUGAGAUCUUCCUGAUCUCUGCCUUCUGAGUAGCUAGGAUUACAGGUGUGCACCACGGGCGCUCAGCUACUCUCUACCUUUCUGUGAAGACUGGAGCCAGCUCUGUUUUUCUAUGGAGACUUUUCUGCUCUCUUCUCCUGUGGAAGGACUUCCUACUGAGUUGGCAGUGCUGCCUAGCUUGGGUCUUGACCCUUGUUCUCUUGUUUUAUCUAGAUUUGUCUCAUCUUGCCAAUUAGAUCACACAACAAAUGAAGGUCAAGGAAGAUGACUCACUCUGAUUUUGUCUCCAUUUAGACAUACACAUCAAGCACAUGGGAAGCAGGUAGUUUGGUGCCAGAAAGAACUGGAUUUGAAUCCCAACCUGCUAUUAACCAUUCAUUCACCAACUACUUACCAAGGACUUAGUAUGUGUAAGGCACUGUACCAGGCACCAGGAUAUAAUGACAAGUAAAGAGUCAUGGCUUCAAAUUCAUUAUUUUAUAUAAUUAAAGAAGGUAAAAAAAGAGAUGCUGUCUGUCAUCGUGAAAUUUAUCAUUAAAGGAGGGAACAAAAUGUUAAUCCAUUAACCAGAUAAUCUCACAGAAAGAGGAAAAAAGGACAACCUGUAAUAAGGACAAACCCAUGGAGCUCCAAGAGGGAAUUUGGGUAGUACAUGGCAGGGGAUGGGAGAAAGUCAUGAGCCUCAUCUGGAAAAGGGAGACAUCAGGCACCUGGCUUGUUAAAUUUUUAAAAUAAAGAUUAAAGGAGAUAAUAUUUGUCAUGCAUAAUAUUUAAAACUGGCAGUAAAUAUUAGCAUAAUGAAGGUAGUAGGUUGGCCAACCGAGUGGUGAAGUUCUGAAAGCAAGUGGUUAGGCAUAUAUGAACACUUCCUGUGAGUGAAGACCCUCAGGGCAAAGAUUCCUAGACCCAUUCUUAGUCAUGUGGAAACUUUAAAAAUUCAGACAUCUGUUCUCUACACUAGACCUACUAGCCAAACAGAAUUUCUGAUUGAGGGGUUUGUAUAUUUAAAAAAAUCUUUAUUAAAGCCUCUCCCUGAUUUGUAGAUUUAGCACACGUUGAUCAUAACAUUGAAGAAAUGCAAUGUUACCAAAAGAAGGAAAUUCUCUCUUCCCACUUUUCUUCCCUCUCCUCCUCACUUGUGGAGGCCACCAAGGUCAGCAGGCUGGUGCAAAUCCUUUCCUGAAUUCCAAAAGUGAUCAUAGAAAGGACCUACUUGAGGUUUUUUUUCUUUGUAAAAUUGUUGUCAUGUUAAAUGUUUUUGUGUCUUGCUUUUUUUCCACUUCCUAACAUAGCAUACACAUCUCAGAUUUAUAGAUAUAGGCCCAACUCUAUUUUAAAAGCCGUAUGACAUCCUCUAGAAUAGUUUGGACACAUUUUAUUCAUGCUCCUAUUGGUGGAUAUCCAAGUUGUAUCCAAUGAUACAUAACUUUGUAGAAGUUUUCUUACUUACAGGUGACUUUAAGUAAAGUCAAUAUCCUUUAAGUAAAGGAUAGUCUCCAAAGUGUGAAAUUGAUCAAAUGUACAUCUUAAAAUCUAAUAGAUAUUGAAAAACUUGUUCCCCAUAUGCCUUUGGCAAUUUACAACCCCCAUAAUAAAUCAGGAAAACUGUGAGUUUUGGAAAAGUUAGCAAGGAGAUUCAGAAGUACAGUGCAGAAUAACUCUUGGUCCAGGGCAGAAGCAGAAUGACCCUCAGUUGCCUGGAAGGAGGGUAGGGGGAGAAUCUAGCAGAUAAGGAGUGAGCUCCCCAGAGAAGUGAAGAAAUGGUUAUCAGCUCUCCAUCUCCCUCUGAAUGAGGAAGACUCUCCUUCCUCAGGGUGACUUCCUCCUCAGUCUGUAUAAAGUGCCAUUGAAAGAGAUGGAGCAAGGGAGAAUUGGAGUUUAGAAGUUCCUGAUGACCCUGGAAGGAUUCUAGUUAGGUGAGUGCUUUCUCUCUUGAAUGCAGCUGAUUCUGGACAGUGCUUGACCUAGGCUGAGGCUUCAGGAGGGGGUUAGAGGUGGAGAGGGGACCAGCAUGUGGCUUUCAGGUUCCAUGGGGGCCAGCAGAACAGGACUUUCUCACCCUCUACCUUUCACACUUCUUCUGUGGUCCGUGAAAACUCUACUUGACUGGGAAGAGCAGAGUGUGAAGACAUGAGAGGGAUGUAUAGCUUUUUGAACUUUGAGGAGGGCACACACUUUCUAAGUGCUGGCUGUUCCCAGGAAGACCAACAAUCACUGCUUCUCUAUCCUUUCUUGUAUUAUACACUCUGAGGGACUCAUUAAAUACUCAUUAAUAAAUGUAAUAUUAUUUUCUUUUCCAGGCUCACAGGAAAGCUAGCCUGGGCUGCCCCUCAUGGUCUAUUUCAUUUUAUUCAAAAACAGGUCCCUGAGCUCAGCAUUAGCUUUUUUGGUCCACCCUGACUUCUAUUCUUACCCGACUCUCAAAGCUCCCAAAUGGUCUGAUUGCUGUGUGUGUGUGUGUGUGUGUGUGUGUGUGUGUGUGUGUGUGUGUGUGUUUGUGAAUGAUAAACUGUGUUCUUCAUUGCAGGACAAAGUCAAGAUGAAACUCCCUCUACUUCUAGCUCUUUUAGUUGGGGCAGUUUCUGCUCUUCAUCUGAGGCCUGACAUUCCCAACUUGGAGAGCCCCUUGGGAGAUGAGACUUUGCCUCAGGAUGGGGAGCUGCCAAGAUGGGAAGCUGAGAGUGCUCCUACUGGGGAGCUGAUGCCACUGGAGGAAGAGGAGGAAGGGAGUUCUGGAAGUGAAGAGGUGCCCGAGGAAGAUGGGGCCAUAGAGUCGGUUUCAGCCCUAGAUGAAGUAGACAUUGGCCUUCAGUGCCCUAAGGAAGAGGACACAGUGAAACUGGUGGGCAGCCCUGGAUUCAAGACCAGCCGCUUCCUCCUGGUGAGGAAGGCCAGGCGGUUUAAUCAAGCUCAGAUUAUUUGCCGGAGGUGCUACCGAGGCAACCUCAUCUCCAUCCACAGUUUAAGAUUUAAUUACCAACUCCAGUGUUCUGUCCGUGCAUUCAACCAGGGUCAAGUCUGGAUUGGAGGCAAGCUUGUACGCUCGCAUCACUGCAAACGCUUUCGCUGGGUUGACAACAGCUGCUGGAAUUUUGCAUUUUGGGCUGCUGGCCAGCCUUUGGCUGGCAAGGGCAGAUGCGUGGCCCUGUGUACCCAAGGCGGCCACUGGCGCUGCACUCCCUGUGGCAGAAGACUCCCCUUCAUCUGUUCCUACUGAGCUGGUCCUAGCCAGGAUUUCAAAUUCACCCCUUCCUGGGAAGCUGCCUCCACUUCCCUGCCCCUCCUAUGCCCUCCGUGCAAUAAAACUGUUUU